AUGUCCCUCUCCCCCGAAAAUCCGGAUGAAUCCCUAGUCUACCACCUCCUCCGCGCCGUCGGACGCAUCCACGCCUCGCCGGACAUGUCCGCCGCUCCCCUCCACGUCGCUCCGACCAAUGGCAAGCCGCCACCUCAGCAUCACCGCCGCCCGCAUCCAACCACACGCCGCCACCUGUCGCCGUCGUCCUCCUCCAUCGCGCGGGCCCGCGAGCCCAUCCGACCCCGACCGUCGGGCCCGGUCGUCGCCGCCCGCACUGCCCGGCUCCUCGAGCCGCCGCGCCGCCUGUCAGCCUCCUCCGCCGCCGUCCGCCUGCGCCUCCGGCGACCUCGCCGCCGGCCACCGGAGGGCUGCGCCGCCCUUGUUCCUCCCGCCGGCGACCAGUGCCGCGCCCCCGCCUCUCUAGCGCCGCCCCGUGCCUCCCCUUCGCCGCGACCCCGCCGUGCUCCGGCGACCUGGCCUCGCCGCCGCUCCUCGCCGCCCCGUGCCGGAUCCUGCGAGAUCCGUCCGGAGGACCGCCACCGCGCCCAGAUCCGGACCGGACCAACCUCGCCGGCGUCUUCCCCGAUGACCCCGAGCCCCGGCGACGUCUUCUUCCAACUCCGGUGA